AUGCAUCUUGAAUGCGAUAUUAUUGACCGAUAUUCCUAUGCUGAAAAGGCUUUUGGAACGUUCAAUUACAUUGUUGUGGAAGAUUAUGCAACGAAAGGCUGCAAUGACCUACGGCUUACGACAAUUUUACCAUCGUCUGAAAAGUGUGUAGAUUCGACAUUGUAUGGGAGAUUAUCCAUGGUUUCGCUGCUGCAUUCGAAUGGAUCAGUGCGCUUGUCGCUGUAUAAUGAGAAUGGAUGCAAGGGGAACGAAUUCAUGAACUUUGAUCUAAACAUUGAUGACAUUUCGAUUGGAAAGUGCGUACAAGAUUACUACAAGAUUUACACGAGUACCAGUGGAAGUCUACUGAGUGGCACUGGAUUCGUUGCUGGUAAGAGUGACAGUACAGAUACACAAGAAUCAGGCUUUAGCUCAAAUUGGACCUGGUUACCUAUUGUCGGCUUUGUUCUCGGUGCAAUUGCGCUAGGGUGUACGCUUGCCGUCUUCUUCUGGAAACGGCAAGCUGCGAAUGAUGAGCGCAGAAAUGGUUGCUCAAGUUGUAGCGAUACAGGGUGCAACAUGUAUUCAACGCUGCAUAACCGACCAAAGAGUUUUGCCAUCAGCACACGCACCAAGAGCUCUUACUUGAAGGACAGUCGAGAGCAACGAAACAUAAGCUAUUUCUGGGAUGACGAUAAACUUGCUGCAGAGCGCGUCGACCGAGAUAAGAUUGAUUUUGGUCAUGUAAUCAGUCACGGGGGAUAUGGCCAGGUGAUGUCAGGGUGGUUCAACGGACAGCAUGUCGCUAUAAAGAUGUUGCUACCUGAAAAUCGCAAAAUCAUGGCUCACUUGACCUCGUUUCUGGAGGAAGUGAAGCUCAUGUCAACACUGGAACACCCUCGCAUUGUACCGUUCAUCGGAGUAGCCUGGGACUCGCUUUCUGAUCUAUGUUUGCUCACUGAGUUUAUGGAAGGAGGCGAUCUACGGGCGCUGCUAUCAUUCUACGAGGCUCAGAAGGCCCCUGUUGGAUUCAACAAAAAAAAAGUGACGAUUGCUCUUCACAUUGCACAUGCGCUCACGUAUCUGCACUCACUGGAUCCGCCCGUGCUUCACCGUGACCUCAAGUCGAAGAAUGUUCUGCUAACUGCCAACCUCGACGCUAAGCUUUCAGAUUUUGGGGCCUCACGCGAAUUGGAUGAGUAUACUAUGACUGCAGGUGUGGGGACAUCACUUUGGAUGGCACCAGAAGUAAUGAUGGGGGAGGAAUAUAAUGAAAAGGCCGACGUGUUUUCCAUGGGCGUGGUGCUGUCUGAAUUGGAUUUUCACACUUUGCCGUACUCCAAUGCCGUGGAGGUCAAAAACCAGAAUCGAAAUAUUGCCAGCGCAGCAAUUGUACAUUUGGUUGCGACGGGAAAAUUGCGUGUCGAAUUUUCGUCGGCCGGAUCGAGAUUGAUGGCAGAAUUGGGCUUGUCCUGCGUUGCACUGAACCCAGACGAUCGCCCGACUGCAGCAGAAGUGCUUUACAAGUUGCACACAAUUUUAACAAGAGAGUUUAGCAGUAGUAGUUAA